AUGGGGAUCAACGCAGAAUUGUUCUACGUACAUAAAGGAGUUGUAAAUACCUACGCUCUCAACUUUGUCGUCAUGAUUCCAUCUCACAUUAAUGAAAUCCAAUUUUCCUGGCAGAGCCUGAUGAAUUACUCCUUGCCGUACGUAAUAGCAGUGAAGUAUGGACACGGAGGAAGAGGAGCCCUUCACCCCCCUGAGAUGAAUAUUUCAUCGACUGGUGUGAUACCGACAUAUGUGCAGACAUUCAGCAUAAAACUGAUGUGUACGGGUCUGAAAAAUGCCGAAAUCAAAGUGGAGAUUCAUCUACAUGUCAGCACGCACAAACACAGGAAUGCUACUAUGUUGAAAUUUAGGAGGAACAAGAUAUGUCUUAAAGGUAUUGGCAAUUCCCGGAACGACUCCAUCCGUUUAGAGUCCGGGUCCUUCGGUGCCGCCACCGGAUCCCUGUACGUGGCGGUAGCCUGUGCGCUGGCCAUGAUUACUUUGGUUGUUGUUACGACGUCGGCUGUUUGUAUAAAGAAGAAGGCCAGGGCCCAAGAACCCACCUACAUGACGGCGCUGUACGACAGCAACCCCCACAUGUUCCUGCGAUCGGCUUUGGGAAGACCACCGAGUGCCGAGAGUGGAAGCUAUGCAACGAUUGCCAGCGUCCACAAGGGCCCACCCUCGCCAUCGCCAUAUGCGACCAGCGACGCGUGCCAAUUUUACGCCACCAGUGACGCAUGCAGAGUGUCGUAUUAUGCGUCAUCACAAAUCAUGUUAAUCUCUCAGGUUUCUCUUCAAGAUCCGCGUCUAGUGAAUCCGGCCAAACGUCUGCGCUCUCUGUCCGUGCUCCGCCAAACCAUAAGCUUAGAUCGCAUCGCCGAAGAAGGGAUCUUCGGUAAAGUCUACCAAGGAACUUACAGACAGCAAACUGUAAUAAUAAAGACCACGAAAGAAGCGGCCUCGAAAAGGUUAGUCGGUUUAUUCCUAGCGGAAGGGACGAUGAUGUAUGGCAUGGAGCACAAAAACGUCCUAACCAUCUUAUGUGCGAAUUUGGACGAUCCGAAACAACCAUUACUGGUCUACCCUUAUUCUAAUAGGGGUAAUUUGAAGAGAUAUCUCAUAAAAUGCCGCCAAAAGAGAGACAACUUAGUGCUGUCCACUCAGAAUCUUGUCGACAUAGCCAUCCAGAUUCUUCUAGGGAUCAUGUAUUUGCACAGCCAAAAUGUAUGCUACAAAGACGCUGCUGUACGAAAUGCGGUAAUCGACGAAAAACUUCAAGUGAAGAUAACCGACAACUCCCUAUCCAGAGACAUGUUCCCGAAUGACUAUUUUUGUCUGGCCGAUCAAGAAAGCAAACCGGUUAAAUGGAUGGCACUGGAGAGUUUGAUCUACAAUCAAUAUUCAGCCGAGUCAGAUGUGUGGUCCUUCGGCGUAGUCCUGUGGGAGCUAACCACAAUGGCCCAACAGCCGUUCCCAGACGUGGACCCGUUCGAGAUGAGCACGUACCUAAGGAAUGGAUUUCGGCUUGGCCAGCCUCUCGGCUGCCCCGAUGAACUGUUUGCCGUGAUGACAUACUGCUGGCUGAAUUGUCCCACAGAAAGGCCUCAAAUGAAUCAACUGCUAGCGUAUCUACAGGACUUUUACACCGCUCUAUGCCGAUUCGUCUAA